AUGGACUUUGAUGAGUAUGAGUACUUAGAGAAGACAGUUGAAAAUCCCCACCUGGAGACUGAAGCUGGGAAUGGUGGUGGUGAUGAGAAAGCCAAAWCUGAAGUUAAAGAGCGGAGUAGAAGCUCAAGACAUAGGAGUGAUGAGAAGAAAGACGAAGACGAGGAUGGUCGUCGUUCUAAGCGAAGUCGAUCAGAGCGACAUCGGAGUCAGGAAAGAGAAAAGAGCCUGGAAAUAGAAACUAAGGAAAGAGACACCAAGGAUCGUGAUAGAGAUCGCAGACGCCAUAAAGAUAAAAAGGAGGAUAAGGUAGAGCCUGAGGCUGAUCCAGAAAGAGACCAGAGAACAGUUUUUGCCUAUCAGAUUGCUUUGAGGGCAACAGAAAGGGAUGUUUAUGAGUUCUUCUCAAGAGCUGGAAAGGUACGAGAUGUACGGAUCAUUAUGGAUCGAAUUUCCAGGCGUUCAAGGGGAAUCGGGUAUGUGGAGUUUUAUGAUACAAUGUCUGUCCCUAUGGCUAUUGCUCUAUCUGGACAAACUCUUCUUGGUCAGCCUGUUAUGGUAAAACCAUCUGAWGCCGAGAAGAAUCUUGUUCAGUCAACAACUGCUGCUGCUGGAGCAGGCGGGUCGCUGGGCCCCUACUCUGGAGGAGCUGGACGUCUUUAUGUUGGUAACCUCCAUGUUAACAUGUCAGAAGAUGAUCUGCGAAAGGUUUUUGAACCAUUUGGGAGUGUGGAGCUGGUGCAGGUACCUCGUGAUGAAACUGGCCAGUGCAAAGGAUUUGGUUUUGUGCAGUUUGCCCGCCUGGAGGAUGCUAGAAACGCACUGAAUCUAAAUGGYCAGUUGGAAAUUGCAGGUCGUGCAAUCAAGGUGUCAGCUGUAACAGAUCAAACUGAAGUCCCAGAAGGUGGACAAAUGCAAAACACCGGUGAUCUGGAUGAUGAUGAUGGAGCAGGCCUGUCUCUGAAUGCACAAUCUCGGCAGCUACUCAUGCAGAAGCUCGAUCGCAGUGGAACUGCAUCAAGCACUGGCCUUACUGCAGCCGUGUCUAUUCCCGGUGUAGCUUCGACAAUCUCUCCAUUGCUUCCUCCUCCUCUUGUACAAGGGGGUUUUCCUGCUGUUGCUGGACUCGCAGGGGUAGGUAUUAUUCCUGGUGUAAAUAUUCCAGCUGCGCUCGACCCUGUUGGUGUCCCCAGCGAAUGUCUACUGCUUAAAAACAUGUUUGAUCCAUCCACAGAGACGGAACCUGAUUUUGACCUGGACAUCAAAGACGAUGUUAAAGAUGAAUGCUCGAAAUUCGGAAAACUGAAUCAUAUCUUUGUGGACAAGAACAGCGUGGGGUUUGUUUACUUGCGAUUUGAGAAUGCGCAAGCAGCCAUGGGAGCGCAACGUGCACUCCAUGGAAGAUGGUUUGCCGGAAAGAUGAUUACAGCUACUUACAUGACUACAGAGACUUACGAGGCCAAAUUCCCUGAGAGUAAGUAG